UUUGAGAGCCAAAGUGAUAGCAAUGAAUAGUGUGAAGGCAAAUACCCUCGUGCAUUUAUACAAGCAGCUGAAAACUAUCUGGAGUCCACCAGCAGUGCCAGCACGACUCUGCAGCCUGGCCCCCUGCACUCAUAAAAAGAGGAAUGAUGCAUUGCAUCCACUUUGGCAGAGUCCGCUUACAAUUCCUGGGGGCACCCGACAGUCUCCUAUCAAUAUCCAGUGGAGAGACAGUGUUUAUGACCCCGUUCUGAAGCCUCUGAAAAUCAGCUAUGACCCAACAACGUGUCUUCACAUCUGGAACAAUGGAUAUUCAUUCCUGGUUGAGUUUGAUGAUUCUACUGAUAGAUCAGUAAUCGUUGGAGGUCCCUUGGAAAACCAAUACAGGCUAAAGCAGUUCCACUUCCAUUGGGGAGCUAUAAACGAGUGGGGUUCAGAGCACACAGUUGACAGUAAAUUUUACCCUGCGGAGUUGCAUUUAGUACACUGGAAUGCUGUUGUGUACCCAACUUUUGAAGAAGCUGUAAUGGAAGGUAACGGCUUGGCUGUUAUUGGAGUGUUUUUAAAGCUAGGAGCACAUCAUGAAGGGCUGCAGACACUGGUUGAUGCCUUGCCGGCAGUUAAACACAAGGAUGCUGUUAUCGAGUUUGAUGUCUUUGAUCCCUCCUGUUUGAUACCUUCAUGCCCUGAUUAUUGGACCUAUGCAGGCUCUUUGACGACUCCCCCACUUACUGAAUCAGUCACAUGGAUUAUUAAGAAGAAGCCAAUAGAAGUUGAUGAGAAUCAGCUGGAGGCAUUUCGGAUGCUGCUCUUUACUUCAGAUGGUGAAGAAGAAAAGAGAAUGGUAGACAACUUUCGCCCUCUUCAGCCAUUAAUGAACCGAACCGUCCGUUCAUCCUUCCAAAGCAGGCAUCUCUUGAAUACUGAAGUACAGCCCAAGGACCAUGCUGAGCAGAUCAGGCCAUAGAGGGCCCAUGAAAUGUCAGUCCAGACUGCAAUACCUGGAUAUAAUUGAUGUUAGUUUUAAAUUAUUUUUCCUUUUUCUGCAGUGUGUAUAUGCCAUACAGUUUCACAGCCAGCCAGUUUCAGUUCUGCUAAGUGCCAUUUGACCUUCAGUAGAGA